UAUGUGCGGCACUGUUGUUUCAGAAUGGCGGCCUAGGAAGUAGCGGUAAAGUGAGCGGGCGCAGGGUAGCUGUCUCAGCAUGAACGUGAAGGAGACCGAGGAACAACAGAAGCUGCGCUUCCAGAUCGAACUGGAGUUUGUGCAGUGCUUGGCCAACCCAAACUACCUGAACUUUCUGGCCCAGCGCGGCUACCUGAAGGACAAGUCGUUCAUCAACUACCUGCACUACCUGCAGUACUGGAAGCGGCCGGACUACGCCAGGUUCCUCAAGUACCCCAUGUGCCUGUACUUCCUGGAACUGCUGCAGUACGAGCACUUCAGGCGGGAGAUCUCCAACGCUCAGUGCGCCAAGUUCAUCGAGGACCAGCAGCUGCUGCACUGGCAGCACUACACGAGGAAACGUAUGCGCCUGCUCCAGCCGCCCACGAGUGCCGCCGAGGCCGCGGCGCCGCCUCCGCCCGCUGCCCCCAAGUGAUGGACGCUGGCCCCGAUUGCCGGCUCGUCACGUCUCCAAUUCGCUCUCACGUCUUGUGCGCGCAUUAAAAAGUGUCGCAGUGCCAUUUCCCCCA